GACACUCGAGGAGGCACACGAGGCGGAAAAGUGGACGGGUGCCCCGCGCCACCGCCUCUCCCGAGGGCGCGUACUGACCAGGAUGUCAGACAAGCUCAAGGAACGCAAAAGAACCCCCGUUUCGCAUAAAGUGAUAGAAAAGCGGAGGAGGGACAGGAUCAACCGCUGCUUGAACGAGCUGGGCAAGACGGUGCCCAUGGCCCUGGCGAAGCAGAGUUCCGGGAAGCUGGAGAAGGCGGAGAUCCUCGAGAUGACCGUUCAGUACCUGAGAGCACUGCACUCCGCUGAUUUUCCCCGGGGAAGGGAAAAAGCAGAACUUCUAGCGGAGUUUGCCAACUACUUCCACUAUGGCUACCACGAGUGCAUGAAGAACCUGGUGCAUUACCUCACCACGGUGGAGCGGAUGGAGACCAAGGACACCAAGUACGCGCGCAUCCUUGCCUUCUUGCAGUCCAAGGCCCGCCUGGGCGCGGAGCCCGCCUUUCCGCCGCUGGGUUCGCUCCCGGAGCCGGAUUUUUCCUACCAGCUGCACCCUGCGGGGCCGGAGUUCGCUGGCCACAGCCCGGGCGAGGCCGCUGUGUUCCCGCAGGGCUCUGGUGCUGGGCCUUUCCCCUGGCCGCCUGGCGCGGCCCGCAGCCCCGCACUGCCCUACCUGCCCAGCGCGUCAGUGCAGCUCGCGAGCCCAGCGCAGCAGCACAGCCCCUUCCUGACGCCGGUGCAGGGCCUGGACCGCCAUUACCUCAACCUGAUAGGCCACGCGCACCCCAACACCCUUAACCUGCACACGCCCCAGCACCCCCCGGUACUCUGACGCCCACUCCCCGCCAGAUUUCUCUGCGCUU